AUGGAACCUGGCAACUAUUUAAAUGCUCAUAUUAACGAAAACGUGAAUUUGGACAACUCACGGAUAUUGUCUGGAACCUCGCGACUUGGGACGGAGCCUUCAAGGCGAGAUGUGAUCAAGAGAUCAGAAUACCGAAAAUUCCUAAAAAUUCGGACAAUCGUGUUCGGAUCUCUGGCCGCUGGGUUCUUAACCGUUGGACUGACCCUUAUUUUCGUCUUUCAAAACACGAAGACAAGCCGAGAACUGUGGGUAGUAGGCCUUCUCUCAUCAAUAUUGGGUGGCGUAUGCGCUUUUAUCUUCGUCAUCUACCUGCCAGUCUUUAUGAGAGUUAUGGCCAGCCGCUCGGAGACGGUGGCCUACCAGUCACGGCCAGCAGAUGCACUGAAAAACUCGACAUAUCCCCGUCAAGUUGAUGUUGACAUUGUCGCAAGACCACCUGCAACAGAGUCCUCGUGUCCUCCGACAGCAACCAAUCCGCAUUAUCACACUGCAACUGAUCCACAUAUUCGUCAUGAAAUUCCUAGUGUCCUACCUUCGGCACCUAUGCCUCCCCUUCCCCCUACUGAAGAUCCCCCAAGCAAUGGGGCUUCGAGUACUUUUCACGCUCAAGUGUCCCCCUCUAUAACAAAUUCAGUUUCGGCGGAGUCUAGUGAAGGCAGCAGCGGCCCAAUCGGCACGCCUCCUCCCUGCAAAAGUGUUGUUGCUAAACAGCGAAGUCCCGCUAGCAAUUCUCUUGUCCUCAAAAGUAAUGAAAUCACUCCCCCUCCGGGCGCUUCCGGAGACGCUCCUUCUGGUGGCUGUUCAGCUGGCGGUUGCAGUGCUGGGGGAUCAUCUGGUGGUGCUACCUCUGGCAGCCGCUCUGGUGGUAACGGCAAUGGUUACGAUCGACAUCAUCAGGCACCAACUCAGCAUAGCGUGUUGUUUGAGCCGCCUCCGCGACCUGGGAGAGGAACAGAAGGCCGACCCAUUGCCCUGAAGGCUAAUCACUUUGAAAUUAAGGUGCCUAAGGGAUUUCUUCAUCACUAUGACGUUGUUAUAAGCCCGGAAAAGUGUCCAAGACGUGUCAAUCGUGAAAUCGUCGAAACAAUGGUCAACUCAAUGCAUUAUCAGAAGUACUUUUACAAUCAGAAGCCAGUAUUUGAUGGUCGUCGGAACAUGUACACACGCGAACCUUUGCCCAUCAGCAAGGAAAGUGUUGAGUUGGAAGUUACUUUGCCUGGAGAAGGGAAAGAUCGUGUCUUUAAGGUCGCUAUUCGGCAUGUCUCUGAAGUUUCAUUGUUUUCAUUGGAGGAGGCACUUGAUGGACGAAUUCAGAGAAUACCCAAUGAUGCUGUGGUCUCCCUUGAUGUCAUAAUGAGGCAUCUUCCUAGUAUGAGCUACACGCCUGUUGGUCGGUCCUUUUUUCAAAAUCCCGAGGCGGGAUACGACAACCCACUAGGUGGAGGGCGAGAGGUUUGGUUUGGUUUUCACCAAAGUGUUCGCCCAUCUCAAUGGCGUAUGAUGCUUAAUAUUGACGUGUCCGCGACGGCAUUUUACAAAGCCCAGUCGGUAAUCGACUUCAUGUGCGAAGUUCUCGACAUUUCUGACAAAAAUGAUCAACGGCGACCCCUCACAGACAGCCAGCGUGUCAAAUUCACGAAGGAGAUUAAGGGACUCAAGGUUGAAAUCACUCAUUGUGGGAACAUGCGCCGAAAGUAUCGUGUUUGCAAUGUCACUCGACGCUCAGCACAGGCGCAGUCCUUUCCACUCCAGCUUGAUUCAGGAACAACCGUAGAGUCUACUGUUGCAAAGUACUUUCAGGAUCGCUACAGGAUAGUCCUCAAUUAUCCGAACCUGCCUUGCUUGCAAGUGGGUCAAGAACAGAAGCACACUUAUCUCCCGCUGGAGGUCUGCAAUAUGGUUGCCGGGCAACGGUGCAUUAAAAAGCUCACCGAUAUGCAGACGUCCACCAUGAUUAAGGCCACUGCACGUUCCGCCCCUGAUAGAGAAAAAGAAAUCAACAAUCUGGUGAAGCGUGCUAAUUUCAACGCAGAUCCCCACCUUCAAAUGUUUGGUAUUAAUGUUAACACACGAAUGGCCGAUAUCCAAGGUCGCGUGAUACCUGCACCCAAAAUUCAAUACGGUGGCCGCACCAAGGCUCAGGCCUCGCCUCAACUAGGUGUCUGGGAUAUGCGCGGCAAGCAGUUCUAUUCAGGCAUCGAGAUCAAAACAUGGGCAAUCGCCUGCUUCGCUCCCAAACGGGUCGUUAGAGAAGAUUCGCUGCAACAAUUCAUCGUGCAGCUUCAGAAGAUUUCGAAUGACGCCGGAAUGCCGAUUCUGGGUCAGCCUUGUUUCUGCAAGUAUGCUACCGGUCAGGACCAGGUCGAGCCGAUGUUCCGAUUUCUCAAAAAUCAACACACUGGGCUCCAGCUUAUUGUGGUUGUCUUACCGGGAAAGACCCCUGUUUAUGCUGAGGUGAAGAGAGUUGGUGACAUUAUGUUCGGCCUAGCCACUCAGUGCGUUCAGUCGAAAAACGUCAACAAAACCUCACCUCAGACUCUCUCGAACCUUUGCUUGAAAAUUAACGUCAAGCUCGGCGGUAUCAACUCCAUCCUGGUGCCAGCUGUCCGUCCGGCCGUAUUUCGGGAACCAGUUAUUUUCUUCGGCGCAGACGUGACUCACCCCCCCGCUGGCGAUAAAACAAAGCCGAGCAUAGCAGCCGUGGUUGCCAGCAUGGAUGCCCAUCCCAGCCGGUAUUCUGCGACAGUGCGCGUUCAGUCGCAUCGACAGGAAAUUAUUCAGGAUCUCUAUCCCAUGGUCCGCAGUCUACUCUUGCAGUUCUAUCGGUCGACUCGUUUCAAACCCACGCGCAUAAUUUACUACCGCGAUGGCGUAUUGAAUCACGAGCUACGUGCUAUUCGAGAAGCUUGUGUGAGGUUGGAAAUUGGCUACCAGCCAGGUAUUACCUUCGUUGUUGUGCAAAAGCGCCAUCACACGCGACUGUUUUGUGCUGACAAGAAGGACCAGAUGGGCAAGUCGGGUAACAUCCCGGCAGGCACCACCGUCGAUCAAAUCAUCACCCACCCCACUGAAUUCGACUUCUACCUCUGCUCCCACGCUGGCAUCCAGGGCACCUCAAGGCCCAGUCACUACCACGUACUUUGGGAUGACAAUCACUUUUCCGCGGACGACCUUCAAAACUUGACUUACCAACUUUGUCACACGUACGUUCGCUGUACUCGUUCCGUCUCCAUCCCUGCGCCGGCCUACUAUGCGCACCUAGUGGCUUUUCGUGCGCGAUAUCACCUUGUUGAAAAGGAGAUCGACAGUGGUGAAGGAAGUCAAAAGUCCGGCAACUCCGAUGAAAGAACACCGACAGCAAUGAUGCGAGCAGUCACUGUACACCCUGAGACUCUCCGUGUGAUGUACUUUGCCUAG